AUGGGUUUCUUCUUUUGUAGGACCCCAAAUCUGAAACGACUAGUUCUACCAAAGACAGUUGAGUUUUCAAGAGUAGAUGUGCAUGUGGCAAUGAAGUCGUGGGAGGGCCUUGAGUCCAUUAACAUCACCUCCAAUAUCCCCAGUCAUUACAUAUUUCCUGCAAUUGGCAAAUACUGCAAGAACAUCAUAGAGAUGAAAUUUGGUUACGGUUGCCUCUUUGAAGAAAAGCAUGUUGAAGCACUGAUUAAAUGUGCCCCUAACUUGGAGGGGUUGAGCAUCCGGUCCAAAAUGACAAAGAUGGAGGCUUUGUGCGGUGUGUUCACUUUCUUGGAACAUUUGGAGGCGGUGAAUAUAUUGCAUAGCUUCAUUAUAGAUGCAUCAUAUCGUGGAUUAGGUGAUGUGGAUAUUUGUUAUCUACAAAACCAUUUGCCGCCAUCGAGUCUGGGAAAGCUUAUAUACUGUGAAGGAGGAUCAUGCCUUAGGUGCAAGAAUGGGAACAGCAUUACUACUGGCAGAAUUUUCCAAAUUGCAAGCAUUAUUAUGCGUGCCUCAGAGGAUUUGUGGCGGGAAGACGAGAUAACCUCUCUUGCACGUUAA